UUUCUGCCCUUUUUGGUGGGUUGGAAAUAUCUUUCGAUUUUACAUUUCUGUGGUUUCGUUUUUACAUUUUUACAUUUCUAUAACUUUCGAUUUUACAUUUCUAUGGCUUCCGUUGAAAGUUUUGCUAACCCUCCUCUCUCCGCUUCUGCAAAACACCCCAAAAUCCAGUUUAAUCUGAGGGAACUGUAUAGAACGCGCGCGAAUUAAAGGAGGCUGGGAUUUGGCCACCCAGCAGCGGCUCCCGUGAUUGUCGUAGAAGCGUGGCAAGGAAAGCAAUUGGACUGCAAUGGAGCUGCGGCAGCCAUUGGCCAACGUGCUCAGGAGAGAUCGCUCUCCGGAACUUCUCUGUGUUGUAGCUUCCCAUCAGAGUCCCUUUUCCAUGUCGCGUCCGCUGUUGCUUUUGCUUUGGACGGCCGUAGUGGCGGCCGUAGCCGCUGACAAUUCCCGGCCUUUGUGGCAAUGGGAAGCGAUAGCUCGUUUGGCGCCGGAGGCAGAAGAAGCCCGUCAGGCAACAGCGGUGCGGAAACUCCUGGAGCGGCUUCUGGGCCCGAGGGCAGCUUCUGCCUUCGCUGUAUCCGUGAACAGGUCUUUGGCCGGGCCUGGAGGUCUCGACACAUACCGGCUGAGCUCGGAGACGCCGGGCACGAUAAACGUCUCUGGCUCUAGCGGAGUAGCCGCCGCCUCGGGGAUCUACCAUUACUUGAAGGAUUUCUGCGGCUGCCACGUCUCCUGGUCUGGGACGCAGCUCCGACUACCGGAGAGAUUGCCCCCUGUCCCCGCAGAGAUUAUCGUCACCAGCCCCAACAGGUUCCGCUUCUAUCAAAAUGUCUGCACUUACAGUUAUUCCUUCGUGUGGUGGAACUGGGACCGUUGGGAACAAGAGAUUGACUGGAUGGCCCUCCAUGGUAUUAACAUGGCUCUGGCAUUCACCGGGCAGGAAGCCAUCUGGCAGCGAGUGUAUUUGUCGCUAGGUCUAAAGCAAUCAGAAAUUGACGUGUACUUCACUGGCCCUGCUUUCUUAGCUUGGAACCGAAUGGGGAAUUUGCACACUUGGGCAGGACCAUUGCCCUUCUCCUGGCAUCAGAAAAAACUAAAUUUGCAGUACAGGAUCCUAGAGAGAAUGAGGUCUCUGGGUAUAUGGACAGUGCUUCCCGCCUUCUCUGGGCAUAUCCCUCAAGGCAUCCUAAGAAUUUUUCCACAGGUCAAUGCCACACAGCUGGGGAACUGGAGCCAUUUUGAUUGCACAUAUUCAUGUGCUUACCUGUUGUCACCUGAAGACCCCAUGUUUCAGGUCAUAGGGACCCUCUUUCUAAAGGAACUUAUCAAAGAGUUUGGUACAGAUCAUGUAUAUAGUGCUGACACCUUCAAUGAGAUGCGCCCACUUUCAUCAAAUACCACCUACCUCUCUAUGGUCAGCACAGCUGUCUUCCGCUCCAUGGCUGAAGUUGAUCCCCAUGCCAUAUGGCUGAUGCAAGGUUGGCUUUUCCAACACCAGAGAGAUUUCUGGCAACCUGCUCAAGUUAAAGCCCUUCUUCAAGGUGUACCUCUAGGCAGGAUGUUGGUCCUGGACCUGUUCGCUGAAUCUAAACCUGUCUACCUCUGGACGGAGUCCUUCUAUGGGCAGCCUUUCAUUUGGUGUAUGCUUCACAACUUCGGUGGGAACCAUGGCCUUUUUGGCAUGGUGGAAAGCAUCAACCAAGGUCCUUUUGAAGCCAGACGUUUUCUCAACUCUACUAUGAUUGGCAUUGGCCUCACCCCUGAAGGUAUUGAACAAAAUGAUGUGAUAUACGAACUCAUAACAGAUUUAGGUUGGCUCAAGGAGCCAGUAAAUCUACAACAGUGGGUUUCCACAUACAGUACAGAGCGCUAUGGUGUCAAAAACAUGCAAGUAAUAAAGGCUUGGCAACUGCUAUUCCAGAGUGUCUACAACUGUUCAGGGCCUUGUGUAAAUCACAAUCACAGCCCCCUUGUUCAUCGUCCUUCUUUUCGGAUGAACACAGAGGUCUGGUACAAUAAGAGUGAUGUCUACGAAGCCUGGCAGCUAUUUCAAAAUACUUCUGGUGAACUGGGCAACAGCAGUACCUUCUGCUAUGACCUCGUGGAUGUAGUUCGUCAGGUUCUGCAACAGCGAGUAAGUGAUUACUAUUUGGAAAUCAAACAGGCUUUUCAGAAACGUGUGCUGUCACAACUCCUAAUUACUGGUGGUGUUCUAAUCUAUGACCUUUUUCCAGAACUGGACACUCUUCUCUCCAGUGAUAGGCGUUUUUUGCUGGGAGGAUGGCUAGAAGCUGCCCACAAAAUGGCCACCAGCAAAAAAGAGGAACAGUUGUAUGACUUUAAUGCACGCAACCAGCUGACUCUUUGGGGACCUGAUGGCAACAUUUUGGACUAUGCCAAUAAACAGCUUGCAGGACUGAUGCUGGACUACUACAGGAUGCGUUGGAAGCUUUUCAUUAUCACCUUGGUGAAGUGCCUCGAUUCUGGAACACCUUUUCACCAGGAUCAAUUUAACCAAGCUAUCAUCAAAGUAGAAAAGAGAUUUAUCUACAAUGGAAAACAGUAUCCAUCAAAACCUAUUGGCAAUACGCUAGACAUAGCUACAGAGAUAUAUCUUAAAUAUUACCCCCUGCCAUGAAGUAGAGUCACUUGAUGGCAUUGUGAUGGAGACACUCUGUUCUCAGUAUAAUUUUGUGGAUCAUUGAUUCCAACUUUGUAUUGGUUUACUGAGUCAAAACUUACUCUUGAUUUUUUUUAACAGAUGUCCCAAUGUCCACAAAUAGAACUGGAACUAUAAGGGAGAAAAGGCCUGGUUUUCAGCUUUUGGAAAAAGAGACACAUCAGGCUAUGUGCAAAAUCAUGGAAGUAAUACUUCUAAUAGGUAGUAACUGAAUAUGGUUUGUAAUCAUUGGCAAAAAUUCAGCAUACGAUCUUAGAGGAAAGAUAAAAGGCUUUUUUCCCAGUCCAGUUGUGUCAGACUCUAGGAGCUGGUACUUAUCCUUGUUUCUUAGCUAAGGGAACCAGCAUUGUCCAAAGACAUUUCUGUGGUUAUGUGGCCAGCAUGACUAUACAUGAAAGGUGCACAGAAUGCUGUUACCUUUCCACUGAAGUGGUGCCUAUUUACCUACUCGCAUUUGUAUGCUUUUGGAUUGCUAGAGGGGCAGGAGUGGGGCAUGUAAUGAAAGCUCACCCUGUCACAUGACACUUGGGUCUUGAACCCAGGCUGACAAGCUCAGUGUCUUUAAUUACUGAGCCAUCUUAGAGGUACCUGCCUUUGUUAUUCAAAUAAUUGGAGCAUGGCUCCAAUUAAGUUCAAAAGUGCGUUCACUGUAGUAGCAGAAAUGAGUGCUAUUUGUACAGAUGGUUACAAAGCCAUGUUUGGCUCCUCAAGACAACUAUAUCCCUACUCAGCCGUCUUCCUCUCUAUAGAUCGUUCUAUGCAACUGAUAGUGUAAUUUUCCUCCUCUAAGAAAGUGCCUAUAGAGGAAAUUGCUCUCGAUUUAUGCAGUACCUGUAUAGGCAAAGCCAUAUUUUGUUGAAAACUCAGUCUAAUGAAGAAUCACCAAACUAAAAAAGUAUAGAGCAAUAUGUUUUUCUCUUUCCUUUAUAACUACAGAGGAAAGUGUAACAACAAAAGAAAAGAUGUAUAAUUGUUUCCAGUGCUUGCUGAUCAUUUAUAUGCUGGCUUGUAGGAUAAUCCUAACCCUCUAGGAUUAUAGCAAUAGUGCUUAGAUUAUAUACUGCUUUAUAGUGCUCCUUCCAGGAUGCCCUUCAAAAUUAAUAAGAACAACUUGGAAUGCAGAGAAAGGGAUUCAGCUAAUGUUCUCACUUCACAAUUAUGGGAUUGGCUUAUAGAGAACUUUGAGAUGAACCAAUGUUGCCUCUUCAUGGACUUGGAAACUUUAGGGAGAAUACCCAAGCUGUUCCCACUAGCUCCCUUCCAGGUAUAUAAGUCCACAAUUCCCAUUAUUUUCUCUUUAUGAAGCAUGUGAUAAUUACAUGGUCUAAUUAGUCUAAUUCAUGUAGUUAAGACAAUGUCCUCAAACCUCUAGGUUUUAUUAUUUUCCUCUGGUCAUAAUCCUUUACGGUGGCUUUCUCUUCCUGAAUUACAAAGUUAUAUUUACACUCACCCAGAUUCAUAAAUCAUAAAGUUUAUUACCUAGUGAUUUCUGGGUUUUAUGAUUGUACAGGUGUGCCCUCUUGUGGUCAAAGAGGGGCAAAAUGAAGACUUGGUGUAUUUCAAAGGAUAUAUAGUGAGGCUGUUGGAAUCCUAUUUGAUGGCAAAAAGAUGUGAUACAUCUUUUUCUGUAAUUACUUAGCUGUCCUUCUGUAAGUUCAAUUCCAGAAAAAAGAAAUAU